AUGAAUAUAAACAGUAAUAGCUAUGCAUCUCCUGAACAUAUAGUAGAGCAUGGAUCAUCGAAUCAAAAUAUCAAUAACAUAUUACAGACGCAACCUCCGAGAUCCAAUCCAACUAGGACGAUCCCCGAUUUUAUCUCGGAACAAGGUGGUCAACCAACAAAAAGGCGAAAGAGCAGUGCGGCAUUUGUAUUGCCUCCUCAACCAGAUCCAUUCAUGCAACCACAAGGACAACAAUACUUUGUUCAACCUCAAUCACAAUCUCAAUACACCUAUAUGUCAUAUCCACAAUCCGUCCAAAUGCGACAACAAAUGUCGAUGCCUUCAUCACGAAACAAUAAUACAACCUUGUCUAGCCCUCACACUUCACGAACAAUGGGAUAUCCUGAUAACCUUGUGGUAUUACAAAAUCCUGACCAAGUUAUGUCAAGUCAAAAUAAUCAACACGUUCAGAAUCAAAUGGUAUCACCACCAAUUAGCUAUACAAAUCAGAUGAAUCAUAUGCAGAUAAAAAUUAUCAAGGCAGAAAUAACAAAUAAAGAUCUAUAUCAUUCUCAUUGUGAUGAACUUCUUAAGUAUUUGCAAACUGACAUUGCAUAUUCUGAACAUUGUCAAGAUAGUUUUUUUCAGUGCUUAAAGAACAUAAAAAGCAAAUUCGGGUCGUCUCUUAUGGAAAUAGGAUUAUCAGUAUUCAAUGCUGCUUUAAAUAAUAUCCAUCGAUUUACAAUUACAACACAUCAAAAUAAAAUUAGACAAUGGGCUGAUGAACUCAACAAAUCCUCUAAUGCUGCUCCUCAACAUUUCACGUCAAAUAAUCCAAGAAUUGAACACAGACAGAUUUCAGAUGUUGAAAAGGCAAAUGCAAAUUGGGUAUCCAGAAUAGUAGAUCGAGCUUGGGGCCAUGUUAUGCUUCCUUAUGAAUCACUGAUAGCUAAUCAACAUCAGGAACAGCAGGAAUUCAUAAAUUCCUUUUAUAUUCCCCACGACAAAUUCGAAAGGAUAUGGAAAUUAGAUACGGCUUUUCCAGCAACCCUCAUACACCCAAACAAAUUACCACUUACAUACCGAUUAAUAUCGCGUAAACCAAUUAAUAUAGAUGAUGAUAACAAGUGUGACUGGCCCCCGGAGGAAGCGAUGUUUAAAGUACAAAUCAACGAUUUGGAAGUUAAAUUGCAUAGAAAACAAAGAAUUCCUAUUAAAAAUAAUCAAUAUUCAUUUGUCGGAGUUGACAAAGCUGUCGAUAUUGCCCAAUAUUUAGUUGCAGGAGUAAACAGGAUUAAAGUUACGCAGUGUAUGUGUGAAACUUGUCGCCAGCAACUUUGUGAACAUAUAUUGUCGAUAGAAAUUUUAUUGAAGGAAACGGAAGAAAUAGUGCUUCGCAAUGCACGAAGCCAAAUACUAACUAAAGAGCACGGAAUGGACAUUGUUAAACGACUAAUUUCUGGUCCAAGCGCUUCAAUUAAUACACAGUCACCGAUCAGUUCAACUUCAUCUCCAGCUGAACCUGCGAAAGGACAAAAUUGUCUCCACAUUGGUUGUUUUGACUUGGAAACUUAUGUCAGUGUAAACAAGAAAAAUUGCAAGUGGAGAUGUCCCGAGUGCAAUGACCGGGUAACGUCGGAAACUUUGCGAAUCGAUAAAUAUUUCAAAAAAUUACUAAACGAAAUACCGGAAAAUGUUAAUACAGUCGAGCUAGAUUCUAGUGGCAGUUGGACAGUCGUGGGACAAGAUGAUUGCGAUGGUGAAUCAACCGACGAUGAUGAUAUGCAAGUUGAUUCGGCUUCUAAGAAAUCAUCAAUUUCUGCUCCUAACGCAAUAAUAAUAUUAGACGAUGAUGACGAAGAUGAACCAGAGCCGUUUAAUAAUCAACCGGAAGUUCUUUCUAUGCAGAACAAUAAUAUACUAACGUAUGAUCAACUUCCCCCAAUUAUACGUCAAACGUCCACGCCAUAUAUACCACCCAUAAGACAAUCAAAUAUUCAAAUGAACGAUCAAUCACAAUUAACGAAUUCUAUUAUCAUGCAAUCACCACCUAAUUCUGCAAGUUUAGCAUCACCCAAUACAACGAAUAAUUAUAUCCAAUUAUCGCAAUUAUCAGCUGAUCAUACUACAAAUGUGGAUCCGAUACCGUUAAUUUUUAAUAAUAGCAAUAAAAAUAAGAAAAGGUCGAAACGAAAGUCUCGGCGUAAGGAUACGGAGGCGGAUACACAAGAUAGAGUUGCGGGAAUACAAACUUUACGAUCAUCACCACAAGACUCUGUUAAUAAAACAGCUACACAAGUUGCAAGUCCAAUAUCUCCUCCUAUAAGUAAUUUUAUCGUUCCUAAUCUUUCUCAGAAUGAGGAAUGGGAAACUGAAGAUGAACAAGAGGAGGAAGUUUUGAAUUCGAAAAAAAAAUCUAGUGAUUUUGAUUUAUAA